AACAGUGAACAGUAUAGUUUGUUACUGUGCGCGGGAAGCUCGCACGCAGUACUAACCUCUCAAUGACAACGUUCCUCUGUGUUUUCGAUAUACGAUAGGAGUACAAGCAAAAUAUUGUGUGACUUAUUUACUUCGUGUUUCAUUCGCUUUAUUUACUUCGUGUUCAAAUUUUUUAAGGUUUUCAAAUGUAAUGUGAAGUUGAGCAAAGACAAAAUGGCACCCUUCGACGUUGUACUCGGUUGUGUUAUGGCUCUGCUGUUCAUAUUAUUUUCGAUUAGUUCUAUAGCAAGAUAUUAUAUCAAGUUUACAUUGUUCGUGGUGCUAUCACUGAUAUUCGCAACUGCUCCCCUCCCGUUGAUGUUAUUCAGACCUUUUGAUCCAAGAAAUGCGCUAAUACCAGCGGCACUGUUGAGGGUAUCAGCUCGACUCCUUGGCUUGCGGUGGACAGUUCGCGGCAUUGAAAAUGUUGAUGACACUCGAGGGGCUGUUAUAUUACUUAAUCAUCAAAGCGGUUUGGACUUGUACGUUCUGGCAGUGCUGUGGCCCCUGAUGGCCCGUUGUACGGUGAUCUCAAAGCGAUCGCUGCAGUACCUGGUGCCGUUCGGGACGGCAGCCUGGAUGUGGGGCACGGUCUUCAUCGACCGAGGAGCGGCGCACUCUGCCAGGUCCAUCCUCAACAAGCAGGCGGAAGCAGUGCGAGAUCAUAAGCGAAAACUACUUCUGUUUCCCGAGGGAACCAGACAUUCCGGCGAUAAACUGCUGCCAUUCAGAAAAGGCGCUUUCCACGUGGCCAUUGACGCCGGUGCUCCGAUCCAACCCGUCGUGAUCUCGAAGUACCACUUUCUUGACGCGAAAAGGCGCAGAUUUGGUUCAGGUGAUAUAAUAAUAACGAUAUUGCCGUCAAUCAGUACCGAUGGCGUAGACAAGGACAACAUCACGUCGUUGGUUGAAACAACACAGAGCAAAAUGCAAGAAGUGUUCACGAGGACAUCGGCUGAAACCCGCCCUUAUCCGGUGUGCAAGGAGAACUAACUCGUAUUCGAUGGUUACCUAUACUAGAACUGUGGGCACGUGCGCAUAGUGACUGUAUGCAAGUCUAUUGAACGUCAUAUUUUAUUGAAUUAUGGCGUAGGUGUAACAUAAUUAACAUAACAUUAAAAAAAUCUAAAGUAAAUGGGGCUGUGAUAAUUUUCAAAUAUAUAUUAUACUUAUACAUAUAUGAAUAAAUGUAUAAAUUUAUACAUUGAAUAAAUUAUUUACUAAAA